AUGGCGACUUCGGACUACGAGGAUCCGGUUGCUCCGGCAACGCCUAACACAAAAGAGUGCAAACGUUUGAUUAUUCGUCGCAAUAGCAUUCUCGGCUCUGCGAAGCUCAUCGGAGCGUUUAACGAAAAGUAUAAUCCUGCUACUGAUUAUGCUCAAAUUAAAUUUCGUCUUGCAAAGCUUGAUACUCUCUGGACCGAAUUUAACGAGGUUCAAGCUGAAAUUGAAUUGGAGUAUGGGCUAACUGAAGAGCUUUCGGAUGGAAAAGCGACGUUUGAAGAUAUGUACUAUCGGUUGAAGGGAUCACUGGACAGCAAACUAACCUUGAAUAACACACCUUCCACAUCCGCUGGUCAUAUCCCACCCCCUGUUGCUCCACCUACCCAGGCACUUGGUGUCCGCCUUCCUGAGCUCAAAAUUCCUGAGUUCAAGGGAGAUUUUGACGAGUGGAUGAAUUUUCAUGAUUUGUUCAACACACUCAUCCACUCGAACCACCAACUUUUCGAGAUUCAAAAAUUCCAGUAUUUGAAGGCAGUACUGAAGGGAGAUGCGCUACGUCUCGUGCAGUCUCUGGCGGUGACAGCUACCAACUAUGAUAUUGCGUGGGACCUCUUAAAGAAAAGGUUCGACAACAAGAACUUUUUAAUCAAACAGCGUUUCUCCUCUCUACUGUCCAUGGCUCCAGUGAGAAAGGAAUCUUCGUCGGCACUUUCGGACUUCGCAGAUGUCUUCGAGAAGCACAUUGGUGUGCUUGACAAAUUGGAAGGACCGGAUGAUCAUUGGAAUUCAUUUCUGGUCGAGUUUCUCAGUAGCAAGCUUGAUUCCGCAUCACAAAAGGAAUGGGAAAAUCAAUUACCCGACAAUCAGCGACCAACAUACAAGGAUUUGGUUGCGUUCAUCCACAGGCGUUCCCGUGUUCUCCAAUCUUUGAUGCUCUCCCAAUCUUCGCAUACCACCAGCAAACCAGAACCACGAUCCCCUCGAGUUCAUGUGUCAUCUCACUCGGCUCUCACCACUGAGAGCUCCAAAGCUUGCAUUGCGUGCCACAAAGGUUCUCACUUUCUCUCGUCGUGUGACGAGUUUCUGAAGCUUUCACCGAAGCAGCGCUUCAAUGUGGCCAAAAAGUACGGGUUGUGCCUGCAUUGCCUGCGGUCCUCGCAUUUAAUCAAGGACUGUCCAUCUGGGAACUGUAGAACGUGCAACAAGCGCCAUCACCACGUUGGCUGUUCUGGUUGA